GGAGAUGCAGGGGGGUGGGCCGGGACAGCAAGUACUCAGGGGUGUGUGUGAGUGUGUGUGUAUGUAUGUGUUCUCUUCCAGCUGAACAAACAGUCAGCUCCCACCCUGGUCCCAGGCAGCAAAGCGUUAAGGCUUUCUGUUUGACAUCUGUUAUUACUGUGCGGCUAAACAGAGCCAGGUGGGGAGGUGGCAUAGUUCGAGCUGUUUGGCAAACGCGCUGGAAUUCGGAGCUCUGCAGAACCAGGGGUGGGGGGAGGAAGGAAUGAGAGAGCGGAGCAGAGGCACAGGGAGACAGGAAGGAACCGGGCCGGAGAGAGGGAGAAGCGGGGGACACGGAGAGAGAACUGAGACACAAAGUGAAAUCUGAGUAAAGCGAGCGAGAGAGAAGAGAGAGAGAGAGAGAGUCCAGUCUCUUCCAAACGCCCAAAUGAAUCAAUACCUCUCACUCAGCUAAAUCCGCACUGGGGAGGAAUCCAGGAAACAGCGUGUGGCCUCUCCAGUCCACAACCGUUGGCCGGCCCGCACCCUGCUCCUCGCUGGCCGUGUACCAUGCUGCUGUUCCUGCCGCUCCUCGCCCUCCUGCUGCCAGUGGCCGUGCCCCAGCAGGCUGACGAGGCCGUCUCCUUCACGGAUUGCACCGACGGAUACGAGUGGGACCACCAGAAACAACACUGUCGAGAUAUAAACGAGUGCGACACCAUUCAGGACGCCUGCAAGGGGGCGAUGAAGUGUUUCAACCACUACGGCGGCUACCUGUGCCUCCCCCCCUCGGCCUCCAUCAUCUCCCAGGAGGUGGCGCCCGACACAGCGCGCCCGAGGGAGACCAGCCCCCGCAGCAGUGGCUGCCCUCAGGGUUACAGCCGCGACGAGGAGGGCCAGUGCGUGGACGAGGACGAGUGCGAGCUGGAUGUCCACAACUGCCAGCCGAGCCAGCAGUGCGUGAACACAGCCGGCGGCUACGACUGCCAGUGCCCGGAGGGCUACCAGAAGCUGGGGACCGAGUGCAUCGACGUGGACGAGUGCAGGUUCCACCGUUGCCAGCAUCGCUGUGUCAACUCCCCCGGCUCCUACACGUGCCAGUGCAAGUCCGGCUUCACCGUGGGCGACGACAACCACUCCUGCGUGGACGUGGACGAAUGCAGCAUGGGCGCCCCCUGUCAGCAGAACUGCUUCAACACAUUUGGCUCCUUCAUGUGUCGCUGCGGACGGGGCUUCGAGCUCGGCGCCGACGGGCAGACCUGCCAAGACAUCGACGAGUGCAGCUAUUCAAACUACCUGUGUCACUACCAGUGCGUCAAUGAGCCGGGCAGCUUCUCCUGCGUCUGCCCCAAAGGGUACCAGCUCCUCGGCACCAGGAUCUGUCAAGACGUGAACGAGUGCGAGACGGGACAGCACCAGUGCACCGAGGGGCAGUACUGUACCAACGUGUACGGGGGCUUCCGCUGCGCGCCGAGGGACCACUGCCAGGAGCCCUACGUCCAAGUGUCCGACAACCGCUGCCUUUGCCGGUCCUCGGACGCAGCGUGCGAGGACAAGCCGGCCUCCAUUGUCUUCCGCUACAUGAGCAUCACGUCAGAGCGCAGCAUCCCGUCCGACAUCUUCCAGAUCCAGGCCACCAGCAUCUACCCCGGCGCCUACAACACCUUCCGCAUCAAGGCUGGCAACGAGCAGGGGGAGUUCUACAUCAGGCAACUCAACAACAUCAGCGCCAUGCUGGUGCUGGCCAAACAGGUGACCGGUCCGCAGGAGUUUGUCCUGGAUCUGGAGAUGGUGACUGUCAACCCGCUGAUGUCCUACCAGUCGAGCUCCGUGCUAAGGCUGACCAUAGACGUGGGUGCUUACUCCUUCUAGGGAGAGAGGGGCGAUGGAGCGAAAGAGAUCUUUAACAAAGACUGUUUGUGACCUCUGCUCUGAAUCUCUGAGUACUUGUCCCUUGUAGUUCUUUCAUCGAUAAACUCUGCUGAAGUCAAAAAAUUUAUUAUUCCUCUCAACCCCAUUCUCCUGCAUUCUCCCUUUGACGCCCUGACUAAUCAGGAACCCAUCAAUCUCUUUAUUUCCAGAGGCUGUGCCCUCUGCUCCUAAGUCAACUCAAUGAAAGGAAACAUCCUCUCCAUGCCCACUCUUAUCAAUAUUCCAUAGGUUUCAAUGAGAUCUCUUCCCCCACGCCUUAGCUAAUCGGGAUAUACAGCACCAUUUUAUUGAGCGGAGAGAUUGCACAAGACACACGAGUCUAUUAUAUAUGGGGGCAGGGUGAGAGGGGCCUGUAGUCAGCGUAACACUACUAGAGUGUGAGCGAGCCGGGUUCAGUUCCUGCUGCUGUCCAUAGAGAACGUGCACCUUCUCUUUGCCACCACAUAGAUUUCCUCCCGGUGCUCCGUUUUCCUCCCACGUUCCAGCCGUACGGGUUAACUGGUCACAUGGGUGUAGUUGGGUGGCGCACUGUAUCUCUAAAUAAAAGAAAUAUUAACCCUAC